CGCGUUGCCCGCUGGGAUGGCAGAAAUGGCGGCCUUUCGAACGGUUCGUGUGUGGGUCUUUGGGUCCGCCUGAGUUCCAUACAGAAGAAUUCGCUCAUCUAAAGGAUAUAGCAGCAAGUGAACAAAGAAAUCAAAAAUAAUCACCUGAAUAAUCUGAGAUAUGAAGAUUUGUUACAUCCUUUCAAGCACGUACUAUCUGAAGCCUAACAGUUACUUUCUGAUUAUUCCAAUGCUGACUCAUGAACGGGCACUGCUAUCAUAAUAUUUUUGUAGCUGUUUCAAAGUAAACUGUCAAAUAUGUUGUCAAAUCAAGAGGCCAUAGUUGAAGAUUUGACAGCUAACUCAACUGGAAUUGGUGUAAGGAAACUUCACUGAUCUUCUUGAGGAUCAUUGAUGUUUCGUGUUAAUUUAUUUUUCACUCGUGGAAUCAAAUGGAGCAAAAAACAAAUAAGAUUACUUUAAGUUCGGCAAAGAAUCGACUUAGAAAGGACUCAGGAACAAAGAAAGAUGAUUGCUCAUUGAAGAAAGAUCAUCAAAGGGCUGUGUUGGUGAGCUCGACAGUAAAAAGCCAGCUGCCCAAAAGCAAAUCCCAGGAACAUGCCAGAAAGCGCGGUGGGAUUAAUGUAUAUUGUGCCAAAAAGAGUUUGAUUCGAGACAGGGUGAAUUACACCUGGAACAGAGGUGGGCGAUUAAAGGAACUUCGCGUAAGGCACCUUGCGAGAAAAUUUCUGCAUUUGUGGAUACAGAAGACAUUUGGGAGAAUCCUUCCAUCCCAUGCUAGGUCCCAUUACUGUCAUGCCACCUUGCAAAAAGCAUUUCGCGAAUGGAAGGAGCAGUGGUGGACUGUGCGAAUAGAAUGGAAACUGAUGGUUCGUGCAGACUGUCACUAUAGAUAUCAUACGUACAAUCAGAUAUGGAGAGCCUGGCACAGGUACAUCCUUCAGCAGCAGAUGAAGAAAACAAAAUUUGCAAAGGCGAUUUCACAUGCUCGUAUACAGUUGUUUCGGAAGUUCUGGAUCCAUUGGAUAUUGUAUGUAAAGAUCCGGAAAACCAAACACAUGAUGCAGUUUGAAGCUGAUGAGUUCCGUGUGAAAGCAACUCUUCAGGCUGCCUGGUCCAUUUGGACCAAACAACUGGGGAGAAAAGAAAGGAAUCGCAAAAUGGAUGGUUUGGCAAUGCAGCAUUGGGCCAAAACAUUGCAGCACAGGGCUUGGCUUCAGUGGAAUGCAUUGUUGCAUUUGUUGCAGCAAGAGCGAGAGAGGGAUGGCCGAGCACAGCAAAUAUACCAGCGCUGUUGCAUGCAGCGAUCACUGCUGGCCUGGCGUGUAUAUGUCCAAGUUUGCAGGGAUAAGAGGUGUCAAUACAGAUUGGCUGGACAGAAGUAUGAGCAUUGUGUUGUUCAGCGAUACUUCUCCUCAUGGCAUUCAGCCUGGCAUCUUCAAAGGAGCAUCCGUGCACAACAUGAUCACCUCAGUGAACUGGGCAGGAGGAGCACUUUGCGGAGGGCCUUUCUCCGCUGGAGUCUCUACAUUUCACUUGCUGUGGAAAAGACCAACCUGUGCAAAUUGGCAGAUGAACACCACCACCACCAUCUGCUGCAAUCAAGUAUUACAGCUCUGAGGUUCAGUGUGAGAAGUGUUCGACAGAAACAGAUGUUGAAUAAUCUGGCACACCGACAGGUCCAUGUUUGGAUGCUGCGAAGGUGCUGGAAUCAGUGGAAAUUACGUCGGGAACAGCAAGAGGAACUUGAACUUCAAGCAUGGACAGGACAAGCCCAAAACCAUUUCAGGGAGGUAUUGCUGAGAAAAUCAUUCCAUUGCUGGAUAAAACGCAUCCAAGAGGAAAAGUGGUAUCAGAUUCAGGAUAAGAAGGCUUAUGCUCAUUACUGUUGGACCUUACUACCUUUAUAUCUGAAGAGGUGGCAAGUAUUUGUCAAUGAGAAGAAACGCCUGAAUCAGAUGAAAGAGACCGCGUGGGAAUUCCACAGAGAGAUGUUGCUGAAACUGGCUUUUUAUGCAUGGUGGGAAAAGUUGGAUCGUCAGCGUGAGAAUCGAAUGGCAGAAAGAUUGGCUGUGGUUCAUUCUACUCGUUGCAUGUUGCUGCGGUUCUGGUGGAACUGGCGUGAGAAGACCGCCAUCUCUGUGGAGGAGAGAGAGAAGGAGGCCAUGGCUAAAGAUCACUUUAGACAUCAGCUGCUGCUUAAAUCGAUGCACUUUUGGAGAGAGACUGUGGCAGAUCAAAAAACAGGACGAGACCAUGAAGUACUAGCCAUAAGACAUUGGUGCAAGUGUCGCUUGCGUGGAGCCUGGAAUGUUUGGUGUUUGUAUGUGCAGAAAAAGCGUGAGAAAUGGAAAAAACACGUGUGUGCAAAUAGGCAUUUUCAGAAGGUAUUGCUGUCAAAAGCCUUGCACAAGUGGAAGGUUUACCAUUUGAACAAUAAGCAGAUUCUUUGCAAGGUGGAUGAAAAGGAGAAGAAACGGAGAAGAGAGUUGUUAAGAUUUUCUUUCUACACCUGGAGAGAAAAUGCGUGCACACUGGCUGAUGAAGCUAAAAAAGCUGCCAUAGCAAGUCAGCAUUAUCACCGUGUCCUUUUAUCCAAGGUUGUGGAAUAUUGGCGAGAUGCAGUCUCACUUCAAAUAUAUCAACGACAACAGGAGGAGGAACUUGUGCUGAAAGCAAGACAACAUCUUGGUUUUCUUCAGCUGCAGCAUGCGUUUUCCCAUUGGAAGCAGAUCAGUCGAAGCUCAGUAAUAUUACGAGACAAAAUGAAGGCUGCUGCCCAACACUAUGGACAGAAGGUUAUGAAGAAGUGUCUGCUUUCCUGGAAACAGCAUCAUGCCCACUAUUUGAGGGCAAUCUUAUUGCGGCGAUGUGGGGAUUGGUUUCAAGCACAGCGACUUUAUCGAUGCUACUUCACAGACUGGAAAGUAAAACUGUUGUUGAAACAGGAGGAGACCAAGAAGACAGCAAUAGCUUUAUGGCAUUGGUCUUUCUCACUUCAAGGGAAGGUGUUCGAUGCCUGGCUAAUGUACGUAGAGGAACGGCGUAGGAAAAAGUUACGCAUUGCAAAAGCUGUCCAAACCUAUCACAGUCACCUGCUAAGGUUGGGAGUGGCUGCAAUUCUUCGCUAUACCUCUGACAUGAUGCAGUUUCGCCGUCAAGUUGCAGCUGAGCAUCAGAUGAAGACUGCAUAUAGCCUCCAUCAGGUUGUCUAUCGCUGUGCUAUGACCUGGAAACAAAAAGCGCUCUGCAAGAGAGAGAGUUCAAAGCACAAGUCCUCUGCUGUGACAUGCAAAAAAUCUGUGGUUUUCAAGCUACCAGUUUCUGAGGUUUCUAAAGGAAAUGGUUUCAGUACGAAAACAGGGAUCUUGAAGAGUGAAUCUAAGGAAAGGAUUUCAAAGGUUCCACUGAAUCCCGUCAGAUAUGAUAGUUUACCAACGAGGCUGCCUAAUGGAGACAUGGAUUUUACCAAUUUACCUCCUGCAUGUCCGAUAAGGUUACAGCCACGAAGGCCAGCGUUCCUAUUAGAAUCAGUGCAAAAGAAGGCUCCCCUGGACAGGAACAAUAGCAGCAGCAGUGCUUCAGACUCCACAAAGUCAAUGAUGACAAAUUUGUCAGUAGCCAGAAUGGAGACUCCAGCACAAAGCAAACCCAUUGGUGCACAGGGUCACAUCAGUCUAGAUGUCGAUUCUGAGAAAAAUGGUGCUUCCAGUCAGUCAUUCCGUGUUGCAGAAGAGACAGGAAAUCUCCAAAUGGUGCCGUCACAGGGCUCCUUUCCUUGUACCCACUUCGUUCCUUCAAGGGCAGCCAUGGAUAGCCAGGAACAACCGAUGCAUAAGGAGCUCCUGCUGCCCCCGUCUGCAUUCCUGUUACCUGGGAAAGAGAAGAUAAACAAGAAGCAUGACAGGCACAGUCAUUUUGUUGAUGUUGAGCAUGUUCACAAGGACGAGAAAGGUUUGAGUCGACAAUCACCCACACAUCCACAGCUGCUCUCUCCAGAUGAUAUUAGGGUCAGGCCAGGAUGUUGCAGUUUGGUUUCUCAGGACACAGAUUCAGAUAAUGACUGUGAUGGAUAUAACCAACAAUACCAGCUGGAGGCAGAACUACAAGGGAUACGUCAGGAGAUGCAGCUUUUCCAUGACAACAGACAGAACCUGAGAUCCUGGCAGAAACAGGCCUCUGUACUCCGAAACUGGCUGCAAGUUAAUGCUGCACACAAUGGUGAGAAUGUGCUGGAGAUCAGACGGGAAUUACGACAGAUACUUACAAUGCUAAAAGCAUACCACAACCUACAAGACAUUAGUAUGAUUUCGCUGGAGACUGAUAUUGAAAAGCUUUCGAAGAAGUUGAGCAAGGACCGGCCUUACAUAGAGGGCCAAGUUACAAGGGUUCAGGAGAUCCGGAAGAUCCUGACUAUGACAGAACAGUAAUCCUUCUCUUUUGGAGUUUGCUGUCAGUGAUAAGAGUAUGGCUGAGAUCUUCUGCCUUGGCAAAACAAACUCUAAGCCUGUUUCCCUUUUAAGGACUGGAGUAGAGUUUGACGCACAUGUUCUGAACAGAUUCGUCGAAACAAAUUCAGAAUUUGCUUCCAACAAUAUGAUAAAGAGCAAGCAGCUGUAAUGUUAACUAAAUUUUAUUGGUUUAAUAUCAAACUGGUUCUUCCUUUCUACAGUUAUAAUUAACUGUCUUUAAUCAUGUAAAUGCAUUCCAGAAUAAAGAUUAUUGAAGCUUUA